AUGAUUGGAGAGGUGAAGAUGGGCAAAAGCGAAUUCUUCAGUGAUCUUUGGAGGACUUCGACAGACCCCAACUGGGCCAAGGAACAUGAUCCCAGCAAUCCUGAGGCAGUUCUAGGACUGGCCUCCGAGUUCGGCUGCGGCAGCGACGGUCCGGACUGUCCACCUGGUUGGGGUGCAAACAAGGAUCAGGAGGCGAGCAAUGGCUUGCUGGGUUACCACGAGGCCGACUUCGGAGAACCCUUUUUGAAAAUCGGAGUGGGGAAGCUGGUCAAGGGCUCCUGUGAUUGGUCCUACAAGGAGCAGACCUGCGCCACAGAUCCGAAUUAUCACUUCAACUCCAACUACAAGUUUGCGGAGCAGCCUGUUUGGAUCGUCGGCAAUCAGUCCAGUGAUCACAUGGAGAUGGUCCACUUUGCCUCUUUGGACUCUGGAUGGGCCUAUCGUCUCCAUCGCACUGUGCAGCUUUAUGGCAAUCUGCUGGUGAUGAAGUCGAAGUUGAUCAACACGGGCACUCGCAAAUUCACCACUGUGCAGUUCACGCACAAUUUCUUAGCCAUAGACCGGAAGCAGAUCAACACCCCUUUGCAGCUGCGCUUCGGGCAGGACCUGAGCCAGAGUGAGGAGCCUGGUCUUAAGCAGGGCUGGUCGGUGCCCUUGGCCUCGCGAUUUCAGUUCACGGCUCCCAACCUGCUCAGCGCCUCCAAGCCCUUGCCCGAAGGUGGCCAGAGGCAGUCAAUCUUGGCUCAAUUCAAGGAAGAUGUCAAUCUGAACGCCAGUGCCAGCUAUAUCGCUUCUAUGGGUGGUCCCGCAGUGGUUUCGGUGGCUUCCAGCAGCCAACCCCUGUACGGCUUGAAGUUCUUCGCACAGGUGACCGCUGCUUGCCCUGAGCCCCUGCAACAAAUCUCUUUGGCUCCGGGCGAAAGCGCACGAUGGCAGCAGAGGUUGGCCUUCUCAGAGCAUGGGGUCUCCUCUGCCCUUGGCAGCUUCUUCCGUGGUGUCAACAACUUCAGUGGCCGCGGGCACGCCUGCCGUGGAGCCAAUCCGAGUGACAAGGCCACCCAGUAUUUUAAGGUCAGCACCACGGAGUCACUGGAGGAAUGCUUGCAGCGCUGCUUGUUCCACUCAAAUUGCAAGGGUGUCGGGUACCAGGACUCCGGGCGCUGUGAGAUUUGGACUCGCCCUGAAGGCAUCAGCGCUUCGAAGCCCAAGCAAGGCUAUCACUGCUUGAAGUUCGUGAUGCCCGAAGAUAUGCCAGGCCUUUGA